CUUACUCGUAAUUCGUCUCAGGCGCGUCUAUAAUUGAAGCUUGGUGCUCUGAGUGGUCAGCUUUUGCGUGUCUCCUUUCCCUCUCCCUUUUUGUCUCUAAAUGAGCUCCCGCUCCCUGUGACCCUUUGAGGUUUGUCGAAAGGACCUGAGAAGCUCAUUGCUUUGUUUGAAGAUGGCAACUAUGCAGACACCAAUGCUUGGGAUUCUAUUACUGUUGUGCUGGGCAGUAACCAUACAAGCAAAGCAUACAAAAUACAAAGAUCCCAACCAGCCAGUGGAUGUUCGAGUCAGAGAUCUAAUGAAGCACAUGACUCUCGCUGAAAAGAUUGGUCAGAUGACACAAAUUGAGCGACAAAUUGCCUCAGCUCAAGUCUUGAAAGACUACUUCAUCGGUAGCAUUCUUAGUGGUGGGGGAAGUGUUCCUGCUCGUCACGCCUCUGCUAAGGUUUGGGUGAAUAUGAUAAAAAAACUUCAGAAGGCAUGUCUGUCGACACGCUUGGGAAUUCCUAUGAUUUAUGGGAUUGAUGCCAUUCAUGGUCACAAUACUGCCUACAAUGCAACUAUAUUUCCUCACAACAUUGGUCUUGGAGCCACAAGGGAUCCUGAUCUUGUAAAGAGGAUUGGUGCCGCAACAGCCCUUGAAGUCAGAGCAACAGGCAUUCCUUACACUUUUGCGCCCUGUGUUGCAGUCUGUAGAGAUCCAAGGUGGGGCAGGUGCUACGAGAGCUAUAGCGAGGAUCACAAGGUUGUGCAGGAAAUGACACAAAUUAUCCUUGGCUUACAGGGAGAUGUCCCUGCGAACUACACAAAGGGCUUUCCUUAUGUUGCCGGAAAGAAAAAUAUAGCAGCUUGCGCCAAGCACUUUGUUGGUGAUGGUGGAACACAAAAAGGAAUUAACUCGAACAAUACUAUCAUCAAUCUCCAUGGACUCCUUGGCAUCCAUAUGCCUCCUUACUAUAAUUCCAUUGCCAAGGGUGUGUCCUCGGUCAUGGUUUCUUAUUCAAGCUUGAAUGGAAUCAAAAUGCAUGCCAACCGUCAUCUAAUCACUGGCUUCCUCAAAAAGAAGCUUGGUUUUAAGGGAUUCGUGAUUUCAGACUAUCAAGGCAUUGAUUUUAUCACCACUCCACCUGAUGCAAAUUACACAUAUUCUGUUCAAACAUCAAUAAAUGCUGGAAUCGAUAUGGUGAUGGUUCCAUUUGACUAUCAUGGGUUCAUCAGUAAUCUGACCACUCUUGUUAAUGCCAAAGUCAUCCCCAUGAGCCGAAUUAAUGAUGCUGUAAGAAGGAUCUUGCGGGUAAAGUUUGUUAUGGGUCUCUUUGAGAACCCACUGCCUGAUAAAAGCUUAGUCGAUCAACUCGGGAAAAAGGAGCACAGGGAGUUGGCAAGGGAAGCCGUAAGGAGAUCACUUGUGCUGUUGAAAAAUGGAAAAUCUGGUAAGAAGCCGUUGUUGCCCCUGCCCAAGAAAGCCGACAAAAUCCUUGUCGCCGGAAGUCAUGCUGAUAACUUGGGCUUUCAAUGUGGUGGGUGGACAAUUGAGUGGCAAGGACGCAGUGGAAGAAUCACUGCUGGUACCACAAUCCUGGAUGCCAUUAGAUCCACAGCGGACCCAGCAACCAGUAUCGUCUUCUCCGAGAACCCCGACGCUGACUUCGUCAAGAGCAACAACUUCUCCUAUGCCAUCGUCGUUGUCGGAGAACCACCCUACGCUGAAACAGCCGGAGACAGCCUCAACCUCACCAUCGCUGAGCCUGGACCAAGCACAAUCCGAGCGGUGUGCGGCCCCGUGAAGUGCGCAGUGGUCAUCAUCUCCGGCAGGCCUGUCGUGAUCGAGCCAUACGUGCCCUUGAUGGACGCGCUUGUGGCCGCAUGGCUGCCAGGCUCAGAAGGCCAAGGUGUGGCCGACGUCCUCUUCGGUGACUUCUGUUUCAGCGGAAAGCUUCCCCGCACUUGGUUCAAGUCCGUCGACCAGCUUCCCAUGAACGUUGGCGACCGGCACUAUGAUCCCCUGUUCCCAUUUGGAUUUGGCUUGACAACGAAACCAAGGCCAGCAGUGUAGAGUUCUACGAGUUGCAGGGAAGAACCUAGCAUCGAUGCAUUCUGGCAGCAUUGUUGAUGGAGAUGUAAUGUCAUGGUCACAGUCAAGCCAACCACGUGGUUUCCACACGUGUGCAGUCCAGAUUUGUCCGGGCAGCUCGCUUCACGGGACGCAAGAUUUAGCCGCAAACUCCGUUAUAUACCGCAGCGCCACACAUUUGUACCCACUACGUGGGGCCGCUGUUGCUUUCAUGUUUCACGUGGAGCGAAGGGUGUAAUCCCCGGAGUUGCUUGGGUUUCUCGUCUUCUUCCACGCGCCGCUCCAUUUACAUCCAUUUCCCACCGUGUCACGUCGCUUGUCCCGCGGUGCAACAUCAAGUCUACUAAAUGACUCCAUAGGCAGCGCCACAAUUAGUUCUCUUUCUGCUGCAGCAACGGCCUAGGAGAAGUGCACGUGGACGAGUCUUUCUUCUGGGAGACGCUACCCAUGCUGCUCCGCGGGAAUAUUAUAUUCCCUUGCGUUCGCCCCCGGUUACUAUAACACGGCCAGUAUUCCCGUCACGCUCCCUGCGCUUAAUUCUUCUUCCGAGCGUUUCGGCUCGGCUGCUUCUCGUUCUCCAUUUCCCCUACAGCGAGAUAGCCGGAGGUACCUCGCCGGAAAGCGGCGGCCUCAAGCCCUCUCGACUGAGUUACGCUUGAUUUGCACAAAGGUGAUACCUUUAUCUCGUCUGAGCCGUCUGAUUGCGAUCCGAGAGGGCGAGAUGGCUCGCAAGCCUGUUCACCGGCCACUUCCCCCUCCGCCGGCGAAGCCCGCUUUAUCCGCCAUGGGCCGCCGGCCUCAGAUGAUGGCAAAGGAGCCAGCGAAGCGGCGAGCAUCUCUAGCGGAGGUGGCCGGUGCCACGACGGCGGGGUUCGCAGCGCUCUGUUGCUGUUGCCCAUGCGGCCUGGUGCACCUUCUCAUCGUGGUGGUGCUGAAGCUGCCUUUGGGUCUCGUGCGGCGGGCGCUACGGCUGAGGAGGAAUCGCUGGGCGGCGAGCACGAAGCCCAAAACCGGCCUUUGGAGGCCGGAAGCCGGCGUCUUUCGCGGCGACGACGAUUUCAGUCUCUACCAUGGGGUCCUUCUGGCAAGGUCCAGCUUCAAUGAGACGUAUCCGGCGGAGUCGCCAUCGCCGGAGUUAGCGGAGCUGGAGAGGGAGAUGUUGGCGAAGUUCCACGCCGCCGGCUUUUGGCGGAGCCUUUCGCAAAGAUAAUAAGCGAAAGGUAAAGGGGGAAGAUUAAAAGAUGGUCAAAUGUGGGAUCUUUGCCAACUAUUCUGCCGUCACUGCGAGUCUCCGAAGUGGGGGAUGACAGAAGUGGAAUGAGUUCUCUGUUGUCUGCAAGAAAGACAUGGACUUCCUUUUAAAUGAUUUCCAUGUUGCUCUUGCAAGAAAGAGAUGCGUGUAUCUUCUUUGUGAAUAAUAUAUAUAUAUAUAUAUAUAUAUAUAACAAGACUCUGUUCUUGUGGAA